AUGAAUAAUUAUCAUUAUUUAUUCAAGUUCAUUAUUGUGGGAGAAUCAAAUGUUGGAAAGAGUUGUUUAUUGUUACAAUACACAGAAGGCAGAUUCCAGGUUGGGUAUGAUGCUACCAUUGGUGUUGAAUAUGGAUCUAAGGAAAUAAUCUAUGAUGAUAAACUCAUCAAGUUGCAGCUUUGGGAUACGGCAGGCUAAGAAUCCUUUCGCUCUAUAACUAGAGCAUAUUACAGAGGAUCAAUAGGGUGUUUUUUGGUUUAUGACAUUACGAGGAGGAUAACAUUCGACAGAAUCUAAGCAUGGGUUAAGGAUGUGAGACAAGACACUAAUAACAGAAUUGAGUUCUUGUUGGUGGGCAACAAAUGCGAUUUAAAAGAUCGAAAAGUUAGUUACGAUGAAGGUCGACAAUUGUCAAUCUAAUUGGGAUGUGAAUUCCAGGAGACAUCUGCCAAAACUGGAGAAAAUGUGGAAUUUAUAUUUGAAUAACUGACCAAGAAAAUAUAUGAGAAUAUCAAGACAAACAAAAUUGACCCUCAUGAUCCUAAUCAUGGAAUCAAAAUAGGAAGGAUAGGAGAAAACGAAAAGAUUACAGAAAUUCCAAAAUAGAAGCAGAAAAGUAUUUGUUGCUGA